GUUGAAGUUAGGGUUAUAAUGUCUGGGCGAGGUAAACAAGGCGGCAAGGCUCGUGCCAAAGCCAAGACACGCUCCUCGCGAGCUGGGCUCCAGUUUCCUGUGGGCCGUGUUCACCGGCUGCUCCGCAAGGGUAACUAUGCCGAGCGGGUCGGGGCCGGCGCUCCAGUAUACCUGGCGGCGGUGCUGGAGUACCUGACGGCCGAGAUUCUGGAGCUGGCGGGCAACGCGGCCCGGGACAACAAGAAGACCCGUAUCAUCCCGCGUCAUCUGCAGCUGGCCAUCCGCAACGACGAGGAGCUGAACAAGCUGCUGGGCAAAGUCACCAUCGCUCAGGGCGGCGUCCUGCCCAACAUCCAGGCGGUGCUGCUGCCCAAGAAGACCGAGAGCCACCACAAGGCCAAGGGCAAGUAGUUGCCUGGAUUAUAGUAACUCCGAUGAGUCCAAACCAAAGGCUCUUUUCAGG